AUAUAGCGUAAAAAAUGGAAAUGUAUGGGCACGGUUGGUUUGAUUCGCUAUGUUUAAGUGGGAGUGUAGUAUAAAACAGGGGGUGGUAGUGGUACAAUACAACACAAAGCAAAAUCAGCUGUUUCAGUGUACAUACAUAAUAAGGUUAUAUUGCUGAGUGUGUGUAACAAUAAAGACAAGAUGGUCGAAGGGGGUGCAGUGACGGCUGCGGAUAAGACAGAGUUUACAGAAUGUUGGAGGACGACAUGGAGAACACCUUAUAUCAUGAGGCUGGCCUUGUCUGCCGGCCUUGGGGGUCUGCUCUUCGGUUAUGACACAGGUGUUAUUUCGGGUGCCCUUCUGUAUAUCCGGGAGGACUUCGAAGAGGUGGAUAAGAAGACAUGGCUGCAGGAAACCAUAGUGAGCAUGGCAGUUUUGGGGGCCAUCUUCGGAGCAGCAUGCGGCGGAUGGAUGAACGACAGGUGGGGCCGCAGAGUUUCAAUCAUGGUGGCGGAUGUUCUAUUCCUGGUGGGUGCGAUCGUGAUGGCGAUUGCACCAGCACCAUGGGUGAUCAUUAUCGGUAGAAUUCUGGUGGGAUUGGGAGUGGGGAUGGCUUCCAUGACCGCUCCUCUCUACAUUUCCGAAGCUUCACCUCACAGAAUCAGAGGCGCAUUGGUGAGCACAAACGGCUUCCUCAUCACGGGAGGCCAGUUCCUCUCCUACCUCAUCAACCUCGCCUUCACCCAUGCCAAGUCAAACUGGCGCUGGAUGCUUGGGGUGGCCGGCGUCCCGGCACUCAUUCAGCUACUCCUCAUGCUCUCACUCCCUGAAUCUCCCAGAUGGUUGUACGUCAACGGCAAAGAGAAUGAAGCCCGCUCCAUCCUCGAGAAGAUCUACCCGGCUCACGAAGUGGAGGAGGAGAUGGAGGCGCUGCGCACUUCAGUCGAGGAGGAGGAAGAGAACUCGCUAGACGGUGGGAUCAUGGACAAGCUGAAGAAGGCGUGGGGCAACAUCGUGGUGCGAAGGGGGCUGUACGCGGGCAUCACCGUGCAGGUGGCUCAGCAGUUCGUCGGCAUCAACACGGUCAUGUACUACAGCCCCACCAUCAUCCAGUUCGCCGGCUUCGCCUCCAACAAGACCGCCAUGGCCCUGGCCCUCAUCACCUCCGGCCUCAACAUGAUCGGCUCCAUAAUCAGCAUGUGCUUCGUGGAUCGCUACGGCCGCAGGAGGCUCAUGAUCAUCUCCAUGAUCGGCAUCAUCUCGUGCCUCAUCGUGCUCUCCUUCAUCUUCUUCGAAGCCGCCUCCAUGUCCCCCAAGAUCAGCCCCACCGAGACCGCAAUCUUCGGGGGAGGCAACGCCACGUGCCCGGCCUACACCAACGCCCCGGACGCGGCCUCUUGGAGCUGCAUGCGCUGCCUGUCCAAGGAGGCCUCGUGCGCAUUCUGCGGCUCCGCCACCGACAAGCACGAAGCGGGGGCGUGCCUCGUGCUGGAUGACGCAGUGAGAAGCACGUGCCGGGAGGCGAAGCGGACAUGGUACUCGCAGGGGUGCCCGAGCAAGAUCGGAUUCCUGGCCGUCAUAUUCCUAGCUCUCUACAUCAUUGUCUACUCCCCCGGCAUGGGCACGGCGCCGUGGAUCGUCAACUCCGAGAUAUAUCCCCUCAAGUACAGAGGCCUCGGCGGAGGGAUCGCCGCCGUCUCCAACUGGACCUCCAACCUCAUCGUGAGCGAGACCUUCCUCACGCUCACGGAGCAUCUCGGCUCCUCGGGUACCUUCCUCCUCUUCGCCUGCUUCUCCGCCGUCGGUCUCAUCGCCAUAUACAUGCUUGUGCCGGAGACCAAGGGCAUGCAAUUCGAGGAGGUCGAGAGGAUGCUCAAGAAGGGAUUCUCUCCUUUCAAGAAAUAUCGCGACGAACCACACAAGUCCAAGGAAGCAGUCACCGCCUGAUCAUCCCAAUUCAAUCAAUAAUUAGUAUAGCAUAGGAUGGAAAUUCAUCACUAUCUUCUAUUUCUCUUUGCUCUAAUAAUUUCUUCCCAUCCAUUCAUUUCAUCCAUUACUAUAGUAAAAGUUUGAGUUUUGUCAUUCA